GAAUGGGAGUAUCACUUUAAAUGCCUCUCUGGGCUUUAAAUGUCAUUGAAAACUACAAGCCCCAAAAUGCAACGCGGAGACUAUUCGCUUCCCGGGAUAAUGUGUACACCCGCCGGGGCUCUCGAUGACCGAAUCGCUUUACCCGCCCCACGAAUUAAUUAUGAGGGUUCUCCGUGUACACAGGGUCCCGGUUUGGACCCUCUCAAUGCGGGAAGAGACAGGAUUGAAAAGCCGACAUGGAAAUGGCGGAAGGAUACACAGGGAGAAGUGAAGCAUUGGUUAGCAUGUGCCUUGUAUGCAGCAUGUCGAAAAGGCGUCAUUCCAACUGUUGGGAAAGGAAUCAUGGAGGGUAAUGGCGUGUCGCUGACGCGGAUACUGCGCUCUGCAAAACUAAGCUUGAUUCAGUUCUUCAAUAAAAUGAAGAAGUGGAUAGAUAUGUCUAACCUUCCGCAGGAGUUCCGACAGCGAGUGGAGCACUUGGAAAGGAACUUUGAAGUGGCCACCGUUAUAUUUAAGAAAUUUGAACCGAUCUUUCGGGAGAUAUUUCAAAACCCCCACGAGGAGCCACCAAGAUUACCAAGGAGCAGAAAGCAAAGGAGGCUGCAGUGCUGUGUUAAAGAUCUCUUCAGUUUCUGCUGGACCUUAUUUGUUUACUCCAAGGGUACAGGGGGAUCUGAAGGCCAAUGUAAUGUGGUGGUAAAAGACCAGGCAGAGGGUAAUUUCUGCUUGAUUGGAGAUGAUUUGGUUAAUUCUUAUCACUUGCUUUUAUGCUGCUUGGACCUUAUUUAUGCGCACGUGCUACAGUGCCCUAAUAAAGAAGAUCUGCUAAAUCCUUCCUUUACAGCAAAGCUUCCUCCUAUUGACUCCAGCUCAGAGGAUACCCCAUGCAUCAUUGGUGCACUGUGUGAGCUAUACGAUGGAAUAUCUGUGGAAGCCAAGGGGAUAAAAGAACAUUAUUUUAAGCCAUAUAUAGCAAAACUUUAUGAUAAAAAGAUUUUAAAAGGAUCCUGUCUAUUGGAUGUCUCUUGUUUCACAGAUAACAAUAAAUCCUUGAAUAAAGAGUAUGAAGAGUAUGUCCUUACGAAGGGAGACUUUGAUGAGCGGGUUUUUCAGGGUGUCGAUGCAGAAGAGGAGAUUGGAAGUCCCAGAAAAUUUGUUGUGGAAUUUCCCACGGGAAACUGCACUCCACGGAAGCAAAUGGAGUGCAACCUGCAGCAACAUUUUGAAAAGAAAAGUUCUUUUGCUCCAUCUACUCCUCUGACUGGUAGGGGUUACCUGAAGGAGGAGCCAACUGUAAUCACACCUGUUUCAUCCGCAACACAGUGUGUCAGCAGGUUACAGAGCAUGGUGACAGGACUCAGAAAUGCUCCAAGUGAGCAGCUGAUUGACGUUUUCAAGUCAUGUGUUCGAAACCCAUUAGAGAAUGUAUUGAAUAUUGUCCGAGAUAUUGGACGUCUAUUUUGCCUUCACUAUACAACGUCCACAGAAGACCAGCCUGGGUCUCAUAUUGAUUUUGCAAUCAAUCGGUGGAAACUGGCUGAAAUUUUGUACUUUAAAGUACUAGAGACCAUCGUUGUACAGGAAAGCAGGAGACUUUAUGGGAAAGAUUUGACGGCUCUGCUAGAGCAAGGCAUCUUUCACCAGUCACUGAUUGCCUGCUGUCUGGAAAUUGUCCUAUUUGCUUACACUUCUCCCAAGACCUUCCCGUGGACCAUUGAAGUAAUUAAACUGAGUUCUUUCUACUUCUACAAGGUAAUAGAAGUGUUUAUUCGCUCUGAAGAUGGGCUAUCACGCGAUAUGGUAAAACACCUCAAUACCAUUGAAGAACAAAUUUUGGAGAGCCGUGCCUGGACCAGUGAUUCUGUUCUCUGGGUUCAUCUUGACGCUGUUGAUGAUGUGCCAAGCUGUGAAGAGGUCAUCAUACCCAGCAACUUUGAAUCUGAGAAUGAGGCUGGGCUUGGCCACUUGCCCAUGAUGCCUGCAUCUCCCAUUGUUCAUCGUCGUUUGAAAGAAGUUCGAACUGGCCUAUGUGGAUCAUAUAGGCAAGACUGCCAGCCACUCUCCCCGAUUUCUGUUCAUGACCGAUACAGUUCACCAGCUGCUGGUAGUGCCAAGAGGAGGCUCUUUGGUGAUGACUGUCCAAGGGAGCCAGCUGCUGACAAAAUAACCACACCUGAUAUCACCAGCAUAAGGAUUGCAAUAAGCCAGUCUUCUGAUAGAACUGCCCAGCCUAUUGGACAAACCAUUGCUAUACCUGUUCAAGGUGUGGCGAAUGAAACUGGCAAAAGCCUUUGCGUUACAAUGAAAACGUAUCCAUCACAAAGUGAAAAUUCUUUUCCAGUGCCUUUAACUGCACAAGCCCUGAUCAGUCCACUUACAAAGCGUCCGUUGGGCAGAUCUCAGGAAAGCUGUCCCACUUCAGCAUGCAAGCCCAAGAAAACGGGCUCUCUGGCUUUGUUCUUCAGAAAGGUCUAUCACUUGGCCAGCGUCCGUCUCCGUGACUUGUGCCUAAAGCUGGAUGUGUCCAAUGAUUUGCGGCGAAAGAUCUGGACCUUGUUUGUGUAUUCGGUUGUCCAUUGCACAGACCUGAUGAAAGACAGACACUUGGAUCAGCUCCUCCUCUGUGCUGUGUACAUUAUGGCCAAAAUCAGUAAAGAAGAGAGGUUGUUUCACGACAUCAUGAAAUGUUAUCGCAACCAGCCCCAGGCAAACAGCCACGUUUAUAGAAGUGUAUUAUUGAAGAGGUUACCUCAAGCAAUUGGAGAUGAAACAAGUCAGGAUGUAGAGAUGACGGCAAGCAAUUCCAAUGACUCUCAUCCAACCCCCAGCGGUUUUACUGGCAGCCCCUGUGGCCAAGCAGAGCGAGGAGAUCUCAUUACGUUUUACAACAAUGUCUAUGUAGGACGCGUGAGAUUAUUUGCACUAAAGUUUGCCGGCUGCACUCAAGACCAUCUGGUGGAUGCUCCUCCUCUUUCCCCAUUUCCCAGCAUCAAGCAACAAGCUAUUUCUCCCCGCCGAGUAUCCCAGCAACAUUCUAUUUAUGUCUCUCCCCAUAAGAACAGCGGCAACCUGACUCCCCACGCAGCCCUCCUGUACAAGUUUAGUGGAAGUCCUUCAAAAAGCUUGCAGGACAUAAACAGCAUGCUGAAACAGGAGCAGAGGGGUCGGAAGCGAAUCAUUGCUAUAGACAGCGACACAGAGUCUCCAGCAAAGCGGCUUUGCCAGGAAAAUGACGACGCUCUGCUGAAACGCCUGCAGGAUGUUGUGAGCGAGAGGGCCAACCAUUAGCUGCAUUCUGCCCAUUGAUGUUCAGGUCCCUUGAAAAGUUACAUUUAGUUCUGUUUGUUCUCUCUCGGUCCAGGGACCCUUCAUCUGAGCCCCUGCGUUGCAUUAAGUGUUGAUGAAGACCCUGCUUGAAAUUGUACACAAUGUACUCGCUACUGUCUCCAGUCUCACCCACAUGGGUCAUAUCACUGCAGUUGGCUGGUCAUUUGUUCAGCCACACGGACACGGUCAGGCAUUAUGUGACAAGUGCACUGCUGUUUCCAUUGAAUUCUAUCCGUUUUCCAUGGAAUUUUAUCAGUUUCAACUCCACAUGAGUGAUAAAGGAAGUCUUUCUUCAGUCUUGCCCGAAUUGUGUGUUUGGGAGGGUUCUAGACUGUAACAUAGAGGGGCUGUUUUUUUAUUUGCUGCAGUAGCAUUUUUCUCUUGUUUGACUAGAAGCGAUGCUUCAUACAAUACCUUUUUGUUUCUUUUUUAAUCUGUAAACACUAGCUUUCAGCCAAACAGCAACAAUUGUAUUAUUCUAGCAUGUGUCGGUUCUUGUUACACUAAAACAUAAUUGUGAUUCUUUGCUGGGAGGGCUUGGAUUUUUCAGAAUUAGUAUUUUAGUGCUAUAUUUGUACAGACUCCAGGGAAAACAGGUAUAAAUAUAUUCAGUGCUGCUUUUUAUCCUGCUCUGUGUAUGUGCACUCGUUCUGCCCGUUUAUACCUGGCAUAAAAUUGCAGAGCUAAAAACACUUCGACGUGAAUCUUUGCUUUGCCUUUUUGAGCUAAAUGAAAAUUGUGUAGCAUCUACACAUUGUAUGGUUUGCACCUUUUUAAAUCUUCCAGUACAUAACUUUUUAUUGUACAUUAUAGUGUCCCUUCCAUUCAGAUGCAUCUUGAAGCAUCCGGCCCAGAAUUCUUUGUCCCUUUUAUACCUUCUCUCACUUUCACCUUUUAAUAUGUCACACAAAGAAGGAGGAAUGAUAUAGAUGUCGCUCCAGAUCCAGUGUAUUUCUUUUCAACAGACCUGUAGAUAGCGAGCCUAAUAUGGAGCGGCAGUUGUAAAGGUAUAGUGAAGGUUGGUAUAUCCUAUAAAUGUCUAUAUAACAUGCUCAUGUUGUGUAAAUAUGUAAAAUAAAAUGUUCUAUCUUA